CCCCGGUCCCGGCGGACCAAUGGGCGGGGCGGGGCGGGGCCGGGCGCGGCCCCCACGUGCUGGCGGCGGCCGCGGGAUGGAGGCGGCGGGAGGCGGCGGAGCCCCGGGCCCGGCCCGGGCCCGCCCGGGACAGCCCCAGACACAGCCACAGCCACAAACACAGCCACAGGCACAGCCCAAGGGCCGGGAGCUCUUCAGGAGCCAGCGCAAGGAGUCCGAGGGCUCCGUGGAUUGUCCCAACCUGGAGUUCGAGUACGGGGAUGCGGACGGCCACGGCGCCGAGCUGGCAGAGCUGUACAGCUACACCGAGGAGCCGGAGCUGAGCCUCAACAGGAGAUGCUUCGAGGAGGAUUUUCACACCCAAGUGCCCGGCAGGAGGUGGCUGGAGCUGGACAGGGCGCAGCAGAAGGCCUACGUCAUGCGCCUGCUGGAUGGGCUGGAGGUGGUCAGCAGGGACAAGAGGCUCCGAGCAGCACGGGCCAUCCUGUACCUGGCACAGGGUGUCUUUGGGGACUGUGACAAUGAAGGUGAUGUCCUGCACUGGGCUCGGCACAACAGCUUCCUCCUGUACCAGCUGGGAACCUUCUCUGCCUUCCUGGAGCUUCUCAACAUGGAGAUUGAGAACAGCCAGGCCUGCAGCAGCGCCCUGAGGAAGCCGGCCAUCUCCCUGGCCGACAGCACGGAGCUCAGGGUGCUGCUCAGUGUCAUGUACCUGCUGGUGGAGAACAUCCGUGUGGAGCAGGAGACGGAUCCCCCCGAGUGGAAAACCUGCCGGGAGACCUUCAGGAUGGAGCUGAGUUUCCCCGUGCACUCUGAGGAGCCCUUUGCUCUGCUGCUCUUCACCAUGGUCACCAAGUUCUGCAGCGGCCACGCUCCACACUUCCCCAUGAAGAAGGUCCUGCUCCUGCUCUGGAAGGUGCUCCUGUUCACGCUGGGCGGGUUCGAGGCGCUGCAGGCCAUGAAGGUGCGGCGGCGGGAGGAGCUGGGGCUGCCGGCCCUGCCCGAGGACAGCAUCCAGGUGGUGCGGGGGAUGCGUGCGGCCUCCCCGCCCACCUACGCCAUCGAGCUGCUGGAGCAGCAGCAGCAGCAGCAGCAGCCGCCGCCGAAGCGGAGCCACCGCAGCCGCAGGCCCCUGAUGAAGCAAGACAGUCUGGAUAUCUACAACGAGAGAGACCCCUUCAAGAAUGACGAAGGAGGGGUUGAUGAGGAGGAGAGCGACGAGGUGGACGGCGGGCUCGAGGGGGAGCUGGACCUGCUGGAGCGGGACGCGAUCCUCGCCGCCGCGCCGGCCCAGCGCCCGCCCCUCGAGAGGGUGUCCUUCCCCAAGGGGCUCCCCUGGGCCCCCAAAGUCAGACAGAAAGACAUCGACCAUUUCCUGGAAGCAAGCAGGAACAAAUUCAUCGGAUUCACGCUGGGACAGGACACCGAAACCCUGAUAGGGCUCCCACGGCCCAUCCAUGAAAGUGUGAAGACCCUGAAGCAGCACAAGUACGUUUCCAUCUCGGAUGUCCAGAUCAAGAACGAGGAGGAGCUGGAGAAGUGCCCCAUGUCUCUGGGGGAAGAGGAAGUGCAAGAAACCCCUUGUGAGGUGCUGUACCGAGCAAUGUUGUACAAUCUCCCCCAGUACAUGAUCGCUUUGCUGAAGAUCCUCCUGGCUGCUGCACCCACCUCCAAGGCCAAGACUGACUCCAUCAACAUCCUGGCAGAUGUGUUGCCUGAAGAGAUGCCCAUCACCGUCCUGCAGAGCAUGAAGCUGGGCAUGGACGUGAACAGGCACAAGGAGAUCAUCGUCAAGAGCAUCUCGGCGCUGCUGCUGCUGCUCCUCAAGCACUUCAAGCUCAACCACAUCUACCAGUUUGAGUACGUGUCCCAGCACCUGGUGUUUGCCAACUGCAUCCCACUGAUCCUGAAAUUCUUCAACCAGAACAUCAUGUCUUACAUCACUGCCAAAAACAGCAUCUCCGUCCUGGAUUAUCCGCACUGCACGGUCUGUGACUUGCCUGAGCUCACAGCAGAAAGUCUGGAAGCUGGAGACAACAACCAGUUCUGCUGGAGGAAUUUGUUCUCCUGCAUUAACUUGCUGAGGAUCCUCAACAAGCUGACCAAGUGGAAACACUCGAGGACAAUGAUGCUGGUGGUGUUUAAAUCCGCCCCCAUCCUGAAGCGGGCUCUGAAGGUGAAGCAGGCCAUGAUGCAGCUCUACGUGCUCAAGCUGCUGAAGAUCCAGACCAAGUACCUGGGCCGCCAGUGGAGGAAGAGCAACAUGAAGACCAUGUCUGCCAUCUACCAGAAGGUGCGGCACCGCAUGAACGACGACUGGGCCUACGGCAACGACAUCGACGCCAGGCCGUGGGAUUUCCAGGCUGAGGAAUGCACGCUGAGGGCCAACAUCGAAGCCUUCAACAGCCGCAGGUACGACAAGCCGCAGGACUCGGAGUUCGCCCCGGUGGACAACUGCCUGCAGAGCGUGCUGGGCCAGCGCCUGGAGCUGCCCGAGGACUUCCACUACUCCUACGAGCUGUGGCUGGAGCGGGAGGUGUUUUCGCAGCCCAUUCGCUGGGAAGAGCUGCUGCACUGCCAGUGACUGCGGCCCCGAGGGAUGGGCUGGGUCGGGGGGGUUUGAGCACAGCUGGGAAAACAAAAUUAAACUUUCCAGAGAGACCAGGUCUCUCUGUGCCCAGCAGACACCUCUUUUUGGAGGUCCUGCUGUGACUUCUUGGAGACCGGGUGGCAGAGUGAGCUCAGAGCCCAGUGUGGGCUGGGGGGAAGGAUUCCCAGCUGGGAAUUCCAUCCCUCCCUCGGUUGGGUUCGGGCUGGCUUGGGAUGGAGACAGCGUGUUGUCCCUGUCUGCUGCUGCUGCUGGGGUGGCACAGGCUGGCUCAGAGUCCUGGUGCCAGCAGGGACAGGUCCUGCCUGUCCCCUGGACACCCCCCGUGCCACCCUGGCACCUCUGCUUUCCCCCACCUUCAGUCACCUUUACUGAACUGUGCAGUUUCCAGCAGCCUGCAGAUCCCUUUUCUCUCCUCCCUCAUUCCACAUCCUCUUCAGCCCUUCCAGCCCUGAGGGGAUGGCAAACACCACUUAAAAACCCAAAUUUUACACAGAUUUUGGGGGAUUGUCUGUGCCAGGUCUUAGGGCGGGGAGGGAAGGUGCUUUGGUGAACAAUUUAUGAGGAAAAGAGUGGAUUCUGUGGUCCAUAACUUUCAGAAUGAAUGGGAUAUGGAGCUGUAAACUUUCUGUCCAUUUAAUAACUUAAUACUUAAAUUAAAUAAUGAACACUACACUUGGGUAAAGCUGCAUUGCAUGAGGGUGGCAUUUGUGUGCUCAUAUAGGGCAGGGAAGCCCUGAAUAAACAAGUGUUUGUUAUGGCAGGAUUUGUGCUAAUUGCUUAAAUAAUUAAUUAGCCUGGGAAUGUUACCUUCAUGGGGUUUGUCCAAGGCCUUGUUCAUGGAAAUGGCAUUAAGACUUUUAAAGCCUUUUAAAAUAUGCUUUUGUUCGAAAUAAACCAAAUUUUAAAGGGCA